AUGAAUUCAGUUUAACAUGAUACUAUCAAAGCCAAUUUAGAUUAUGAUGAAUAAACAAUUAAAGAAUUGAAAGGCCAUUUUACUGCUAUUAUUGAUGUUGAAAGGAAAAGAUAUAAUGUAUACAAUGAAUUGUGUAAGACAUUAGAACAAAUGUAAAAAGAAAGAGAAAAGAUUUUCAAGCUUAAAGAGAUAUAUAUGGAACUUGGUAAAGCAUUCUUUAAUGUUAUUUAAAAAUUAAAAAAGGAUGAUGAUCCAUCUGAUUUUGGUUUCUUGAAAUUAUUAGAAAAACGAAUAAUACCUAGUCUUAAUGGUCAUUUGGAUUAAAUUAAAUAGGUUAGAUAGAAUCUUUAAUAAUAUAUUUUAAAAAAUACAUUAGAAAAUGAGUGGAAUGAAAAGAGAGCAAUAGCAAAAUCUAAAAAUGAUGAAAAAUUAUAAAAAAUUGAAAGGACUCAUGAUGAAGCAAAAAGAGAUAAACAUUUUGCAUCUUCAACAUUAUCAUAAAAUUAUUAGACUUAUGUUAAUGAUAAGAAUUAAGAAAUGAAGUCUAUGUUUAAACAUUUUUUAAAUGGACUAUUAGACAUUUGUGCUACUGGAUUAACAGAAUAUGCUAAAGUUGCCUAAAAAAUUCAUUAUACUUCAGAAAAAAAAGAGACCGAAGAAUUCAUUGCUAAAAUGUUAGGAAACUAGAAACAAAAAAAGUGA